AUGAAGGUGGUUUCAAAUACUGAUGAUCUCGAAAGCAGCUCUGGGGAUACCCUUGUUGGCGAUACACAGGAAAAUUUACACAAGGUUGAGGUGGUUCCAAAUGAGCAUGAAGAAACUAUCAAAAUCAGGAAUUUGGUCGGUGCGGAUCUCAACGAUCACAUCAGAGGGAUCGAGGGGUCUGUAAAGGAAGGAUGGAUUAAGGAGUUAAAAGUGAGAAACAAGGUUGAUUUUUUUCUUAUUCAAGAAACUAAACAGGAGAAUAUGUCGAAUUUAAAUUGUGCUAAACUUUGGGGAAAUCAGGAGUGUGGUGUCGAAGGUGUCGAGGCGUCGGGUCUAUCGGGAGGUCUUCUUUGUGUUUGGGAUAAAGGGAUUUUUGAGAUGAUUAGCUCUGUUAAGGACAGGAAUUUUUUGCUUGUGAAUGGGAGAAUUAAAGGGAGUCAGGAGAUGAUAAACAUAAUAAACAUGUAUGCCCCUCAAAAAACUUCGGAUAAGUUGAUCCUAUGGAAUAAGAUUAGAGGGGCGAUGGACGGUUUUGCAGGAUUGUGGGUUAUUGCUGGUGAUUUUAAUGCUGUGCGGUGGCAUGAGGAGUGUAAAAAUUCGAGUUUUAAGAACACGUGUGCUAGGAAUUUUAAUGAAUUUAUACACGCUGCUGGGCUUGUGGUGUAUGAUUUAAAAGGGAGAAGAUUCACAUGCAUCAGAGACAAUGGUAGGAAAUUAAGCAAGAUUGAUCGUUUCUUGGUGUGCCCGAACUUUUUUCACAAAUGGCCUGAAGCUUGUUUGAGAGGCCUCUCUUUCAAACAUUCUGAUCAUUGUCCAUUGGUUCUCACUAUUGUCAAUAAGAAUUUUGGGGCCAAGCCUUUUAGAGUGUUUAACUCAUGGAUGAGGAAAGUUGGUUUCCAGGAGACGGCUGAGAGAGUGGUUGAUCUGCAGGAGGUUAGUAGUGGGCCUGUGGAUAUUAAGUUAAUGAGGAAAUUCGGUGCGAUUAGGAAUGCUCUCAAAUUUUGGAGAGCUGAUCUUAUGAAAAAAGAAAGUGAAAUGGUUAUAAAAGCGGAAGAAGAGUUAGAAGAUUUAGAAAUCAUUAUGGAGGAUCAGGACUUGAACGAGGUAGAGGAAUGGGCGUAUGUGGAAAAUAAUAAAGUAGUGAUGAACCACGGGGCAAAUAAGUGGGAGGAUAUGAAACAAAAGUCGAGAACAAGAUGGGUGAUGGAGAGUGUGAAACACGAGCCUUAA